UUAAGAUCACAGGCCAGGGGCCUAGACGAGCCCAGACAAUGGGGCUGUGCUGCCCCCCACCCCACCCAGCCACGUCCUACUUUUGAACUCGGGCAAAACGGGGCGCUCAUUUUGAGAGAGAGAGAGAGAGAUGCAAGGCCAUCUCCGGGUUUUGGAGGCCCCAUGGGUAAGGCACUGACCCCCAAUGGCCCUGCAUCCUUCAGUGAGUCGACCUCCAAAGUGCCGCUGCCGCUCUUCCUCCUCCUCUUCCUCUUCCUCAUCGUGGCCGCUUGCUUGCUUGAGAGGCAGAGGACCACGGAGCGAGCGGAUCCUGGCAUCCUGCUCCACCUCCUCACCACCACCACCUGCUCCAGAUCUCACUCUGGAUGCAGUUCUGGAGCGGAUCGGGGGAGGUCCGGAUCGACCCGAACCAAGUUGGGUCCAAUCUGGGAGGUCCGGAUCAGGAUCUAAAGUGGUUCGGGGAGGGCGUGCACAGCCCUAUCGCUGAGUGUGAAGUGCUGGGAAGGAAAUUCAUGGGCUCCACUCUGCAUAUACUCAGAGGAACUCUCUCCCUGCAUCCAUCGCUCCCUCUAAUUCCAAAGUCCAGGCGUGGAGUGCCGUUGCUUAUGUAGACAGGACGGCCCAUGCACAAAAAGAAGACGUAUCGGUGUGCCCAGGAGAAGUACUUUUGUAAAACCUUCACACAUGACUGUCACAAUUCCUCUUGCCAAGAGCCUGGACAUAUUCCGGAAAUGUUGUAAAACCACCUUGCUGGGAAUGAUCGUCGAAUAUAAUAUUUAUUCCUGAGGGUCCCAACAGUUUUGAGAGCAACGGUUUCCACCAACUCUUCCUUGUCUUCACCCUUGGAUCUGUUCCUCCAAAUCCAAACUCUGCCAGGUGCUGGAAAGGCCGUUAAACGGGGGGGUCUCCCCAGGGAGAGAAGGGGUUUGCGGCCAAGAUGGAGAAGCGGAGCGGACGCUGAAGCUGCCCCGGGCGGUUCCGUUUUUCCAAGGGCAAGGCACGGUUUGGAAGACGAUGGAGACGUCAAGUCGAAGGUGGAUUGGCAGGUUUUCCUUGGCUGGCUUCUCCUUGACUCUCUCUAUGAUGACAGCGUGCCUCGGCCAAGGCGUCGGAAAGGUCCCCCAAAGGAUACCUCGGCAGGCCUCCGAAGACGACGGCACCGGGGGUCGUGUGCCGGGGGUCUGGAGCCCCUGGGGUUCGUGGUCGGAUUGCUCUCAGCCCUGCGGCCUCGGCGUCUUGGAGCGGAGCCGCGUGUGCCAGUCUCUGUAUCAACGGGUUCCCUGGGCGGGGAGGACCGAGUUGGGCCCGCAACCGAUCCAUCCGCAGCAAGAGGAGAGGGCCGCCAGCCCGUAUCCGGCCCGGCCGGCCUACCCGCUCCAUCCUGAGAGGAACGCCAGGCCGGCCCUGUCCUUCCACGGCGGCAGCUCCGUGCUCCCUCUGCACAGCCUGCCCCGGCCACCUCACGCCCCUUACAGCCCGCAGAACCGCUACACCCGCCACGAGGCCUUCCCGCCUGAAGAGUCACCCCUGGCUCAGUCCCGGGAUGCCGGGGUCGCCCCCCACCCCAACCCUCGGAGGGACUCUUCCCCGUCCCGUGAGGCUGCCCGACCGCCAAGGCCUCAGGGAAGCCAGCUGGGUCGGGAGCGAUACCCCAGCCACGCUUCGUCUCAAAGACCACCGCACGGCGCAAACGCUGCGCCUACCAGGCGGGGCGGGACGGGGCGGCCUCCUGCCCGUGACUCCAUCCCCUUGUUCAAGCCCCUGAGGCGAGACAGCUACGAGGCGGGACUCAGCCCCGACAGGCCCCGUCACGGCAGCCAAGCGGAUGGCAGCCAAGCGGACGGCAGCCGAUACACCUGGGCUGCAGCCCCGACGCCUGAGGCCCAGGCAGCCCGGAGGUCUCGGGUUCGAGAAUCUAUCAAGCCCGGCAAGUAUGGCUACGGGAAAGUGCCCUUUGCUUUGCCCCUCCACAAAGAUGUGGCCCAGGGGUCUGCGGGCCGCUUUAAGAGGCACCACGGGGACCGAGCCGGUGAGCUGCCCCCUCCUCCUCCACCACCUCCUCCUCCUCCGAAGAAGCAGAAGCACAAAGCCAUCCACACUCGCUCCCACGAGGAGGCCACGGGCCCGGAGAAGGAGCUGCCGACCUCCAGGGUUGACCCCGGGACCCCUCACCACCCGAAGCAGGUUCUGCUAACCGACGGCACUGCUCCGCCCUCCCUGCAGGUGGACGAAGGGGUGGAGAACCACUCAAGACACGGCCACGCAGAGAGCAAUAGGCACACCGCAAAUGGAGGCGGUGGCGUAGGGGACGCGUCUCGCCCCACGGAACCUGGGACAGCCACAGAGCUGAUGAGUGGGUCCUCCGGAGGAGCCGUGCAUCAUGGUCACCCUGCGGCGACCUCUCCGGAGUCCCACAGCAGCGUUCACGAGACGGGCCGUCCCACGGCACCUGCGGAAAUCCAGCCACGGUUGCCUGCCCCCAGCGCCCGCGGAGUGUCCAAAGAGGACCCCCGCUCUGAGAAGUCGAUGGGCAGCUCCAUCCUGGCCAGGCACGAGGCAGACAAAGAUGGGGGUUCCCCCGCCACCGUGGGUCUCCCCCCGUCUCAGAUGCCCUCCCCGGGUGGCAGUCCGCUCCCCCACGCAGAACUCCGCCUGACUCACCAGGUGCUGAGGAACCACAGCUCUGCUCCUAAACGGAAAGGCCCGGGGACGGGAAAGAGCCACCGGGCCACCCCAGAGCCUUCUCACCGCCUGGAGAGCAGCGGGGCGGCCCCGCCAGACAGAGGGGGGCACGUUAACCGCCCUCCCCCCCACGGGCCACCCCGAUCCCGAAACCAGAGGCAGAAUGAGUACCGGACCGGCAGCUACGGCGGCCGGACAUCCCAUAGCCUCUUCGUGGAACAGCCCACGGCGCCUCGCCCAGCGGAGCCGGACAUUUGGCUGCUGCAUCGGGGCCGCCCCGUUCAGUUCCACCCCAGGGGGCAAGGGUCACAGAGCGGGGUGCGCCCGGGAAGCGAGAUGUCACAGUGGAACCUGUACUACCCGGGCACGGAGACCUUCCACUGCGAGGGAGAAAGCAGGCAGUUCAAAGCCUGCCGGCAAGAGCCAUGCCCACCUGAUCGCCCCGACCCUCGCGCUGUCCAGUGUGCCGCCUAUAACAACCAAGAGUUCAUGGGCCGCCUGUACCAGUGGGAACCCUUCACAGACGUGCGCGGCUCCCAGCGCUGCGAACUGAACUGCCGCCCCAUCGGCUACCGCUUCUACGUGCGCCACACGGAGAAGGUGCAAGACGGCACGCCGUGCGAGGCGGGCUCCCCAGACAUCUGUGUGGCCGGCCACUGCCUCACCCCCGGCUGCGACGGGAUCCUGGGUUCGAAUCGCACGUUGGACAGCUGCGGGGUGUGCGGGGGCGACCACACCACUUGCAAACUGGUGGUGGGCAACUACAGCGAGACAGACGUCCCGAUUGGAUACCACCGCAUCUUGGAGAUCCCGGCGGGGGCCACUCGGAUCCAGGUCAAAGAGAUGACUCGUAGCCCCAAUUACCUGGCCCUUCGUAGCCACAACGGCAAAUCGAUCAUCAACGGGAAUUGGGCAGUGAAUCCUCCGGGGCGCUACGAAGCAGCCGGCACUGUCUUCGUAUACACCCGCCCGGGAAGCGACAGGCAGGAGGGCGAAUCGCUGACCGCUGAAGGCCCCACCACGGAAACUAUAGAUGUGUAUAUGAUCUUCCAGCAAGACAACCCUGGUAUCUCCUACCAGUUCUUCCUGGCCUCGGCUCAGCCGGAGAGCAGUGGCCAAGACCAGCGCGGAACUCGUCAAGAGUUCGGCGCCUUGACCGUGGUCUCACCUGGACGCCAAGUGGAGCCCCCCACCAGCCAUAGGCGCCCGGUGCCGGCCGAUGCACGGAACCACGUCCCGGCUCGCCUCCCGGCCUCGUCCACCCAAUUGGAACGGAGCCGCGGCAUGGCCCCUCCCCCCGCCUCAGCCAGCCAAUCGGGCAGGAGCCCCGGGACCCUGCAACGGAACGUCCGCGUCCCGCCGCUGCCGCCUCCGCCGCCUCCCGCCCAGCACAACGCCGAAGCGCUGCACGACGUCUCCUGGAGGCGGGUUGGCAACACGGAAUGCUCGGCCACCUGCGGGAAGGGAUUCUGGCAGUCGGUCUACCGUUGCUUCUCCCGCGUGUCCCACGAAGAGGUGAGCGAAGAGAAAUGCCAUCUCAUUCCCAGGCCGAUCGCGCCGGACGAGGUCUGCAACACGGAUCCCUGCCCGGCCUACUGGGAGGCGGGCGAGUGGGCGGCCUGUAGCAAGUCCUGCGGCUUGGGUACCCAGCACCGUCAGGUCCUGUGCCGGCAGACCUACGCCAACCGCAGCACCAUGGUGCACCCUCAGCGCUGCGGCCACCUGGAGAAGCCCAAUGCCACCCAGGACUGUCAAGUGCAGGUGUGCAGCCACUGGGAGGUCCGCACCAACUGGAGCUCGUGCUCAGUCCUUUGUGGCAUGGGCCAUCGGACGCGCCACGUACGUUGCGUCAGUAACCACGGGGACUUGUUGCGUGAUGGCGACUGCCCGGGCAACCACCGGCCGAAAACCAGCGAGGCUUGCGACAUGGGGCCCUGCGUCCGCACCUGGUUCUACAGUGACUGGAGUAACACAUGUUCGGCGGAGUGUGGCACCGGGAUCCAGCGGCGUUCCGUGGUCUGCCUCUCCAGCAACGCCAACGGGCCGGCCGAGGAGAACUGCGCGGGCACCAAGCCGGCUGACAUGAGGGCGUGUAACGGCGGACCCUGCCAGCGGGUGACCCGGUGGUACCGGGGACCCUGGAGCCCGUGCUCCUCCGAUUGUGGCACUGGCACCCAGCGGCGUGACAUCAUCUGCGUCAGCAAGCUGGGCGCGGAUUUCAACGUGACGGAGGCCUCGGAGUGCGCCCACCUGGAGAAGCCCCCGUUGCUGCAGCCCUGCGUCGGCACCGUGUGUGAAGCUCGCUGGUUCUCCACCGCCUGGAGUGCAUGCUCCAGGUCUUGCGUGGGGGGUGUCCAGGUGAGGGAGGUGCAGUGCCUGACGCAGAACAGAACCCUGAGCAGCCUCUGCCCACCGGACCUCAAGCCGGUCAAGAAGCAGCCGUGCAACAUGCAGCCCUGCCUCCCGGAACUCGAUGAGAACUGCAGGGAUAAAUACCACAACUGCCCCGUGAUCGUGCAGGCCCGUCUCUGCGUCUACUCGUACUACAAGGCGGUUUGCUGUGCUUCCUGCACUCAUGCCUUGGAGAGGCGCCACGCUGGACCGAGCCGGUAGCGCCGGCUGACGGUGGGCUGGUGGGACCCUGGGCUCGCCUCUGACUUGAACCUUGGGACAUGCCGAGGGGGGGUUCGUGGAGUACAGGAGUUCCCCCUGGUCAUCCACAGUGCCGCUACUCCAGCAGCGGUGGACCGGGAGGAAGAUCACGGCACUUCCUAGACAAAACAUGGACCGGACGGUAUUUGAACUCGAGACCGAGAGGCCCUCGCCAACGUCCUGUACUGUACCCUUUCCGGAGGGGAGUAUCCAGUACUGUAUGCAAUAUUCCUGGGGGGAGAUCCCACCCCCUUGAAGGCCCGAGGUAGAGCGUCGGACUCUUCAUACACUUACAAUUUUAGAUUGUCCCCUUUCACGGCGGCAAGGAAGCAGGGACGAUCCACUCUUCGGCCAUCUGGGACAGCGGGGAAACGUUUUUAGCAAAGACGCUCAGUUUUGGUCACAGCUGUGCAGACGUUCGAUAGCCUAAAAAGAUCCGCGUCGCCGAGAUUCUUGCCGCGUUCCAGCACCCAACCUCAACUGCAUUCUGGGAUAGUUGGCCACAAGUUGGCUAACAUUUCCCCAGUGCCGGCUUAAGCCUCUAUCCGGACGACAGUAGCCACUGGUCUGGAAAGGUGCUGUCUGUGGAUUCAGAUGUCAGGAGAGCACGACCAAUACGUCCGGACAAUGCAGGAUUGGAGAAGGCUGGUCUAAUGCCUGCUGGCAAAGUGGCUGCUAAAGGCGCAGGAGCAGGGCCCCAUAAAAUAGUUGGCAAUUUCUACAAAUAGGAGUUAUAUUGGCUCCUUUUCUUUGGCAACCCACAGCCACGUGCUGGGUGGGAGAGAAUACUGGAGGUAAUUGGUCAUUUACUGUCACUUCUUGGUAGAGUUGCCAACUUCCCUCCCUGCCUAAGUUCCUGCGCCUUUAACAGCGUCAGGACUGGCCAAAAUCCAGGAGCUGUCUUUGGCUCAUCGCUGCGUCUCCAUGCUUCAGAGAAGCUUCGCUUGUUGAAUUUCUGUCUGUCACGUAGCCGUUAACCACGCAGGAGUCCCGUUGGAGGGAAAUUUGGCGAACACCCCAAAAGAACAUCUUCCCCCCCCCGAAACCGUGACGCUUCAGUGAAGAGCCACCUGGUGGGGAUUAAGAUAUCGGCGGGGUGUCUGCAUGCUUUCCCUAAACUCGACACCUCAGGAUUAACGUUGCCACCUUUAAAUCUCCGGUCGGGCUCCUGUGCCUAUCUACAGCGGGAAUUUUAACAACUGAGAUUCUCUGCGCUGUUGUGUCCCCAGUAACAAUAGCAGCCAGGCAUGUCGUCAGACAUGCAGGUCUAGCAGUUGGGUUUUGGCCUUGUUCCGCGAGGGUUUAAAGACGCAGGAGCCACGGCUGAAAGAAAAGGUGGCAACCUUGUGCUUUUUUUUGAUAGAUCGGCUGCCGGUGGCUGAAUGGCAGCAAAAGGCAAGCUAUUAGCUGAGGCUAACGCAAAAGGGCUCCUGUACCUUCUGGAAUAUAUAAAGGAGGAAAAAUGACCCCGUGAUUGUGGGUUUACUGCAGCACUCGGAAGACGAACUGCACCUGUUGAAUGUCUGUCUUCUAUGCCCUCUUAGGCUGUAGAUUUGGCCCCUUCCUGAAUUGCAACGGCGGAACAAAACAAAAAACAAAAGCAUUUAUAUUAAAGGCAUUUUAUAGAAAUGGUUCAGAGUGCUCAGAUUAUAUAAAUAUAUAUAAAAUAUAUAUAUUAUAUAUAAAUCUCUAUGAUAAAGCUGAAUGUAU